CGCAGAAAGCCAGCCACAGCCCGUGGCACUCAGAGGCCCUCUCUUGUCGACCAUUUGGGGCGUCGCCUAAGUAUUGCAGCAGGAGGACCAGCAGGAGAGUGGUGCCGUGACCAGGACGAGAAAGCAAAAGGACCAAAACGGGGAAGACGCGGGAGCGCGGGUGUAUGUGUGUGUAGUGGUGCCUGAGAGAGAGAAAGAGAGAGACAGCCUUGAGGAGGGCCCCCCAAGACAUGGGCCCCCACCUCGGUGCACGUCCGACGUGUUGAACAGCUCAGUUACUGCCAUACAACCUAACCACUGCGAUAAUUUUGGUAUCAUUGCUAUCACAAUAAGUCUAUUCCAAUGGAUCUGUAUUUCAAGCAAAAUUCCACUCUGGAGCAAGCUCAGACCUAGCCGAGGUGGAGGUGCGCCAUGCAGGGGCGGAUUCAGACGAGGAGUACGGGACUCGGGAUACGCUCAAGCUGACCACGCGUGUUCGCCCCACCCCUUCGCCGCCCCUAGCGAGAAAGUCCUCCAGGAAUGAGACGAAGAAAAAAGUCACGGACGAAGAUGAAGCCACACUUAGGGAGCUACUCAUUAGGUGGAAAAAAGCUGUACUACUGCAAGUCGUCUACUUCAGGCAAACCUAAAUUACGCUAAUAUAGAAAAGGAAGAGUCAAUCAAGAUUUUUGCAACGCAUCUCUAGCAGGAUACCUACGGUUGUUGCUCCACUGUAGUUGGGGAACACAGCCAUGGUAUCGAUGCCUCCAAGUCUGCAGAAGCAGGUCAGCGUGAUGAGCAUGAACCUCAGCGCGAAGCUCGACGAGCUUCAGCGUGGUGACAGGCAUCUGGAGACUACAGUGGCUCUUUGUGAGAUCCGGACGCAGCUCCAAGAACUGACCAAGUCAGUGGAGUCAUGUCAGUCCGAGGUCUCGGAGGUGAAGAGGGACAUGGUGGCCAUCAAGCACGAGCUGGACACCGUCCAGCAGGUGAAGGAGGAGAUCGAGGAGUUGAGGGAGUAUGUGGACAGGCUGGAGGAACACACGCAUCGGAGGAAGCUUCGGCUCCUCGAACAGGGCCUAACCUUCUUUCUGACAUAUGCCAUAUUGGCAGCUGUCCUCGGCAUGUUGCAGUUUGGCUAUAACACAGGAGUGAUAAAUGCCCCCCAGAACAACAUCGAGUACUUCAUCAAGAGCACUUAUCGAUCUCGAUAUGGUGAAGAAUUGCCAGACGAAGCUGUCAGAGGCCUGUACUCGAUCGCCGUCUCCAUAUUCGCCAUUGGAGGCAUGCUGGGAGGUUUUGGAGGGGGCAUGGUGGCCAACAAGUUUGGAAGGAAAGGAGGCCUUCUUCUCAAUAAUGUUCUGGGAGUGGCUGGCGCUUGUUUAAUGUGGUGCACCAAAGCUUCUAAUUACUACGAAAUUCUACUUUUAGGCAGAUUUAUAAUAGGAGUCAAUUGUGGACUGAACACAUCCCUAGUACCUAUGUAUAUAUCCGAAAUAGCACCUUUGAACUUACGUGGUGGUUUGGGAACUGUCAAUCAGCUGGCAGUCACUGUAGGUCUUCUAAUUUCCCAAGUCUUAGGAAUAGAGCAGAUCCUGGGCUCCAAUGAUGGCUGGCCUCUUCUUUUGGGGCUAGCCGUUUGUCCUGCCUUACUGCAGCUCAUACUGCUACCUAUCUGCCCAGAAAGCCCUAGAUAUCUGCUCAUCACCAAGCAAUGGGAGGAGGAAGCUAGGAAGGCACUAAGGAGAUUGAGAGCUAGCAAUAAUGUAGAAGAAGAUAUAGAAGAGAUGAGAGCAGAAGAAAGGGCGCAACAGACUGAAUCAUCAAUAAGCAUGAUGGAAUUGAUUUGUUCUCCAACUUUGAGAGCUCCUUUAAUAAUCGGUGUUGUGAUGCAACUUUCUCAGCAGCUGUCUGGAAUCAACGCAGUUUUCUACUAUUCAACUAGUUUAUUCUCCAAUUCUGGUCUGACAGAGGAGAGUGCCAAGUUUGCAACCAUAGGCAUUGGAAGUAUUAUGGUCUGUAUGACGUUGGUUACGAUACCGCUGAUGGACAGAACAGGAAGAAGAACUCUCCAUCUGUAUGGCCUGGGUGGCAUGUUUAUCUUUUCGAUUUUUAUCACCAUAUCGUUCUUAAUAAAGGAGUUUUUUGGCUACGUGCAGGAGAUGAUCGACUGGAUGUCCUACCUGAGCGUGGUAUCGACGCUGAGUUUCGUUGUGUUCUUCGCUGUUGGUCCAGGUUCGAUUCCUUGGAUGAUCACGGCUGAGCUCUUCUCUCAAGGUCCGAGACCGGCUGCCAUGUCCAUUGCCGUUCUGGUCAACUGGAUGGCCAACUUCUUGGUUGGCAUCGGGUUCCCGAGCAUGAACGAUGCCCUUGACAACUAUACCUUCCUUCCGUUUAGUGUUUUUCUAGCUAUAUUCUGGAUUUUCACUUACAAGAAAGUUCCGGAAACCAAAAACAAAACUUUCGAGGAGAUUCUAGCACUUUUCAAACAUGGCAAUGGAAGAAUGAGCUUUCGAGAUAGUAGAUUAUAUGGGAGUAUGCUGAAUUGCGUGAAUGAUCUCGAACAUCAUUUGCCAGUCAACGAACAGGCUGGUCUAGUUGUAGCAGAAGAAAAAAUCGAGCGAGAUUCUUGUGAAUCAGGUUCCGAAACUUCCAGCCGUACAGGCACAGGAGACGGCAUCUGCAGACCACCACCGCCACUGCCACCACCACGUUUCCCAAACAGCGCUGUUUGACAAUGGGAAAACAACCUUAGUAUUGCCGACUUCGCACUGUUGCCGAUACCGAACCCACUCCGAGCACUCGAGGAGUACCUUCUGGACGUGAUAGCCGAGCGUAGUCGCGCAUGCGCCUCGUUCCUGCGCACUUCGAUGAACAAACCGGAUCGCCGCAUGUACAGCUAGAGUGCGCGUGUGCGGUAGUGUUCGAACUUCAUUACAGAGGGCGUUGCGGAUCUCUCGUUCAAACAGUCACUGCUCAAAUUGAUACGCAUGUUAUUUAAGGAUCUUUCGGAUACCGUGCAAAGACGAAACGAGGAACAAUCAAUCAUUAUAUUUAGUAUUUUCAACAUUCGAUGAAUUUUUGGUUAUGGUUCCGGUUGCGUCGGUGGGCGGAAAGGCAUUUAUUUUUCUUGUUCUUCUUCUUCUCGUGAUGCACUACGAAGUUAUUUCUUUAUUCAUUAUCGUUAUUUUAAAUAAACAUGUAUGCGUCACGUUUUAAAGUAAUUAGAAUGAUAUAUCAAAGUGUUUAGGGUGGAAAAAUGAGGUUCACUUUCAGUUCUCUCCAUUUUUAUUGUUAACUCAUAAUUUAUCUUCUCCAUUGAGAAGAAAAACAAUAUUUAACAUACGAAUCCCAUUCAACAUUUAUCGUCUUUCAUCGUCUGAAGUUCACAACGAAAAAAAUGCCAUAAAAAAUUACAUAGUUGUGGGAAUUAAAAAUUGUUAAGGCUCAAGAAAAGUUAUGGCAAGAUUCUUAUGCUAAAAAUAAAGACUAAUUUGUUGAAAAAGAAAAGUAAAUUUACUUAUAUCUCAGUAAUAAUAUUGUGUGCAUAAAGAAAAACACAGGGCAUAUGAAAAUAAAUGUAACAGACAUUUAUUUCAAGAACUCAAAAACUUUUAUGGACCUCAUAUUGACUUAAAAAAAUUUAUAAGCGCAGGAACACCCCUGAAAUUAAAAUAUCUGUACAAAUUAAAGACAAAUGCCUUUACGCGCCACUUAGGUCCAAUUAAUACAGAGAAAUAGCAGCAACAUGAGAAGAACUUGCCAAAAUUGGUGUUUCUCUCACUUUGCUUUAUUUCUCUGAACGAAUUCGACUUCGAAAUUUGUUUUUAAUCUAAGUAUUCACUGCCAUCCCUAUAAUAAAUGUGCGGAUAGCCCAAAACGUAAAUAUUACAAGUAACUCUCUAAAUUGAAGAAAAAAAAAGGGACGUCUGAUCUAAAACAAUUAGAAAAUCAAAGUUUCGCAGAAGUAAGUGAAUUAUCCAAAUAGCAGUUAUUUAUUUUUUGUUGAACUGGUUUCAUUUUUUGUUCCCGAGUGUGAUUUAAAAAAAAAACAGGUGCUCAAUUUUGAAUAGUGCAAUCAUUGUUACCAUUUUGUAGGUUUUUUGUUAACUGGUUGAGUUCGAACGUGGAUAUUUUCCAUAAGAGAAAAAUUUAUAUACAUAGACUACUUGGGUCACUCUUGAAUAUCGCAUGAGCAAAAUAUACCUAUGACAUGAAUUCAACGUAAACUAGAAAGACCUGAAUAUCAAAAAUUGUUUAUUCAUGACAAUGAUCUUUAAUCAUUUGAAACAGUUUUUCAGUGUAAAAUAUCCACAGUUUGAACAUAUUAAAUUUAUUAAUCGAAAUAUCGAUAUGUACAGCAUGUAAUAUUUUCUAGAGGAUAGAUUUCAAACCGUAUCUAACCAUAAUUUUAAAAACUGCGCAUACCUAUAGUUAUAGGCGAAACUAGUGGUUUGAGGGAAUAUUACCUCUGAGACAGGAAAACAUUUCAAAUAAUUGGGAGAGGGUAAAAAACAAGCUAAAUCGACUAUUAAAAAUGACAAUUAGUAUGUAAGUUAAGAAGGCUUUUCUCUGAAUUUGGUAUUUGAACUUUGGAUAUAUACCUCAUUCUAGGAACCUUAAAACGAAUCUCCUGAGUACUUAUUUAUUUUCAAAAAUGGAUGUAACUCUCAAGUUUCAAAUGAAAUUAAUGCUAUUACCAUACACAUGAAAAAAUUCGAGUUUUCUAUGGACUUACAGUUUGACGCACGUUUCGACAGCAAAGUAGUCGUCAUUAGAAACUACAUGUUACUAACUGAAUUACCCCACUAUUGGCUAUAUCUUUUCCAGCCUAUCUUUCACUCACACUUAAAGUUUAUAACCUUACCUAACCUAAGACCUAACUUUUUUGAAUAUUCUAUAAUUCAGGUAGUAAUCCGAUGUUUCUUAUGAUGACAACUUUGCUUUCAAAACGUGUCCCAAACGCUAAUUAACAAUGCCACGGACAAGAUUGUGGUUGAUUCAGAUUUCAGGAAAACCAUUUACAUCUUCUAUACAUUCUUGCAAAAAAAGUUUCUAAUGGCUCUAAUAAUCUUGCUUCUAUUAGUUUGCCAUUUUUCAAUAAUUGUUUCUACGAAACUCGCAAAUAAGGUUCUUCUUCUUGUUUUAUAGUUAUUCACCGCUAUGACUUUAUUCAGAGGGAGUAGUGAUAAUCAAAAAUAUCCAAAAUUAAAUCGCACUUUUUACUUUGAUUACGAAAUGCUGAAAAUUUACUAUUUUUUUGAGCUAUUGGAUCACCAAUCCUGAUACAUCUGUUGAUGAUGAGAUGAAGAAAAAGAAUUUGAAAAAAAUUGAUUAAAACAUCCUUCUGAGAAAAGCCGCAAGUAAAUUCACUGCGUAAUUCGAGAUAGAAAAAGCAAAUGAUUAUUCUAAAUGUAAAUACUGUUGAAAAUAAUUUUAAUCGUAUAUUGUGUAAAUGAGAGUGUGAAAAGGAUAACAUUUCGUUGAGUAUUUUGUGAGAGUUGAUUGCAAGUUUGAAUGACAGCCUUUAUUGGUAUUAUCUUGGAUACAGUCGUAGAUAUUUUGAAUAUAAUAUGUCGAAUAUUUUUCCUCUGUUGCACCUCAUAUUGAUUCAUGAAAAAAAUUGACAGAAAAAUAAGAGAAAAUGCGAAAUGAAUCGAUUAUUGUUAGGUUAUAUCAAAUUGUUUAGUUCUUUGAAAUUGUUUUUAAUAUUUUAAUUGUGUAAUAUUUUUCCAAUUUUGUCACUGUUGUGACAAAGUCUGCCUAAAUUCGAGGUUUAUUUUUUAGUAUAAACCAAGUGAAUCACUUGUAAAAUAUCCUGGACGCAAUAAAUUCUAUCUCUAUAAGAGUUA